AUGAUCACACCGUACUUCAGGAUAACGCAAGAUGCGUCCUUCGUUGAGGUUCUGAUAAAGGCGAGACACGUGAAGAUUACAGCUGAUUCAGAACCUGAGAUAUGCAUAGAUGGGCAUGAGUUCAAAUUUUAUUGCAAGCCUUAUUAUUUGAGGCUCAACUUUUCCCAUGAAUUAAUUGAAGAUGGAAGAGAAACAGCUGCUUAUGAUGAUGGUUAUUUUAGGAUCAAAGUUCCAAAAGCGAACCCUGGUGAAGAGUUUCUUGAUUUAGAUCUGCUAACCAAACUUUUAACUGUCAGAGGUAAAACUGAAGCCAAACCUCCCUCCAUUGAAAUAAUAACAGAUAAGUUAAACGGUCUGUCAACAAAUUCUGGUAACUUGGAAGAUGAAGAAAAUGAGGUGUUGGAAGAUGACGAAAUUGACUGGCACAUAGAUCAGCAACCUGUCACUCACGACGGCGAUGAAGAUGACGACCCUACCAACGUUUCUAUCAAAAAACCCAUGUAUGGAUUCGGGCAUCUGAGGAGUGGAGUCUUCAAGACGUUAAAAGAGGAGUUGGAUGAUGUGGUUGACUUGAAAAAUGUUGAUGGUGUGGAUGAAGAGAUGAGGAGGAAGAUGAGGACGGAUGUUGAGGAUGCUGCUUUCGAUGAGGAACAUUACCUGGCAGAUUUGUAUGAGAGAGGGGCCAUUGAUGAACUCAUAGCAUUUGCUCCAGACUGGCUGUCAAACGAUUCUCAAAAAGUUGAGUUCACAGAUGAUGAGAAGGAAGUGAUGAUGAAACUUCCACAUCGGGAUUAUUUGCUGAGUGAGGCAGACUUGCGGCACACGUACCUGGGACUCGUUGAUAUUCUGUACGCCUAUGCCUACGACCACAG